AUGUCAGCAAGCUCCAGCCAUGGCCGGCCGUCGGGCGACUCGGACCGCUGGACGACAUCCUCGCACACGUACAUCGCUAGCAAUUCGGGCGCAUACACCGACCACGGCGAAGGGAGCUCUUCCCCGCGGCGGAGCCAAGAUUUCAGACCUGGCACAGGCGCAACCCACGACGCAGGGAGCUCAGCAUCGGGGAGCCUGCUGGCUAGGGACUCGGUGCACGAGGAAGACUUUGCGCGCCGAAAGCAGCGCGUGCGCAGGUCUGGCGGCUUCCUUCUAGAUUCAAACUUCCCGAGUGGGCCAAGGCAUCGGCAUGGCAACCACGAGGCUCAUCGAGACGAGGCAAAGGGCAAGCGCAGCUCGCGACACCAUGGCACACACGAAAAAGACGCAACCAGCUCGCCUUUGUCGCGAGAGAUACAGAGAGAUGGCCCAAGCCCGGCCCCCGGCGCAGCAUCCCGCAUCAACUUCACCGACUCCCAGGACCGACACGACGAGCGCAUACGCAUUGGCAAGACGAGGGGGAGCGCAUACAACAUGCAGCCUCCAGCCCGUGAUCGAGACCCCUCGCCGAACACCGCGCAGCCACGGCAGGCCAUUGACCCGAACCAGCUGGUACACAUGGCGCUGAACUUGAGCGAGAGCCGACGGAGACACAUCAGCACUGGUCAGCUUCUGGCAGCCCAGUCACGAGUUCCCUCUGCUUCACAGCGAGAGGGCAGCUUUUCCAACUAUGGCGCUGGCGGCAGUCUCAAGCAGUAUCUCAACGAGCAACGGCGGACUUCACGCAACAUAUCCCCAAUGGGCGGCCAGGGCUCUCCUACCCGUCACAUGUCUACCUCGAUGCAGAGAAGCGCGUCUAUUGCGUUUCCAGGCUCGCACAACAUAAACCCGUCUCCUGCUACGCUUGCUCGGGUCGAGAAAGCGCGCGCGUAUAUCGAGCUUCGCAUGGAGUAUCUUCGGCUACUGGAGUUUCUACCGCCGCUGAAGCCCGAUGCUAACAACCCAGGCAACUUUGUCUUUUCCUCAAACAGCGUUCCAGGCAGUCCCCAGGCACAGCUCACCCGUGUCCCGUCUCACGCUGGCAAACAGCACGGACUCGGCCGACCGUACAACCCUCUCCAAUACAUACGAAACCGCCGAAGCAGGGCUCGGGAGCGAGUGACGCUCGACCACUCUUCGGAAGAAUUCGACGACGUUGAGCAGGUACGCGAAUGGGUGGAUCGCGUUGAGCAGCAUGCGAAGCGAGCCGGCUACCGUCGAGACGAUGCAGUACAGCUGCCCAAGAUACACCACGAUCACGAAGUCGGACCUGCCCCGAGCAAGCCUGCGAGGCCUCACAAAGGAUGGAUCUUCAGCCCGCAAGAAUUGCUUGCGGACGCGCACUGGCUGGAACAAGGGGACAACAAGCGGCUUGUGGAAAAUCGCUACGGCCGGAAGGUAUAUCCGCCCCCCAAGGAGGUGCAACCAAAAGACUUCCUCUCGCCGCGCGCAAGCAAAGACUACCCUGACAACCGGAGGAAGAGCUGGAUUGAUGGCUUGCCCAGCAUCGCAGUCGAUCACACGACAGGUGAUGAGAGCGACAAGGGUAGUGAACGUGGGCGCAAGCGAAGGCUGCUUCCAGCGCUGCGGACUGAUAGCCCCAGAGGCGGCAAGCAUUCUAGACGGGGUUCACGGCUGCGCAGCCACGACGAUACCGAUAGCUCAGAGUCAGAAUCAGAUACUCGGAAACGAAAGACCCGCAUCGUCACGGACCCAGAUCACAACACCGGUCCUUUGGCUUUGCUCCUCGAGCAACAAGCUCGGGAGUCUCAACCCAAGUCAACCCCUGACUUCACGCCAGAUACACCGAACAAAUGGGGGCGGAAUGAAGAGGUCACAUCAGACAGCAGGCCCUCUAGAGACUCGCUAGAAGUCCCUCGACCCACGAAUGGCUUCGCAUACAUGAAGGAGCGGCGUAAUUUUAAGAUGCCGCCGAAGUCUCGUACAGCUCUCACUCUUUCCAUUAACGAUAAUGAGCCUCGCUCGUCUUUCGACGACCAAGACAGCUCAGCUCCAAACACUCCACACGCCAAACGUUUCCCACACAUUGGAGGCGAUCUCUCAUCACCUCCAAGUCGAUCAAACUCCCAGACGAGGAAAGCGAAACGGGGCAAGUUCAACAGCAUUUUUCAUUCACAUGAGCAUAGUGAUGAUCACAAGCACGAAUUCCGCCCAGACUCUGCUGGAACAGACAGGAAGGCCAGAUCUCGGCAGACCAGCGAGGAAACUCCAGACGAUAAACACAUUGGAACAGCCAUCCUAGCAGCUCCUGGUGCUGUGAUGAGUCUACUCGGUCACCGUAAGAACGAUAGUGUCAGUAGUUUGCCCAGCCCGGAUAAGCUACGUCGCAGGGACACCCAGGAGCCACACUCAGCUGUCACAAGGUUUUUCAAGGGCGUAAAGAAUGAAGGCACUAAAGUCGGUGAUAUCAUCUUCAGAAGAGAUCGAGCCGACGACUCGGAUGCAGACACCGUAUCUGACCGCAACUCUGUUGAUUUCGACGACUAUGGCACUGUCAAAGCCAAGCACACCAAACGGCCACCGAUGAGUCGGACCGUUACGGCAGGGACAGAUGGUAGUGUGACCAGCAAGGACCGAAACCAUCUUGAUCUACCUUCGUUCCGGCCAAUUCACACCAUCCCAGACGAGGAAUCGGAUUAUGAGCAUCACAUCUCACGUCAGGCGCGAGAGCAAAAGAACAGUCGCUCACCUCGUGUUGAUCGGCUUCUUCCACCACGCAUGGAUCUUGGUACAAUAUCCGGGAGCUCUUCUACGGGAGACCUCACUCUUACCCAAAGCCAUAGUCAGGAGCGAAUCAACCAAGUGCUCGCUCGGCCUGGCGGUGACAUGGUGGGCCUCCCUCCCACUGGGCUCCGAAACGCACAGGGCUCAAACAGGCAGCGUAGCGCCUCUCGGCCUGGGCUCAACGGGAGACACUGGAGCAUCGCCGACGGUGAUGACAAUGCUGCUGACCGUAACAACAGCGCGAACAUCGUUACCCAAGCGGACAUUGCUCGGGUGCGCGCGCUGUUCCUUUGCUCAGGUGUCAAAGCACGGGAAAUCGACCGACGCGCGCACAGUGUAAGAGAUCCGCCUCCCGAGUUCCUGAGUCGCGCUGCAGCUACAUCCAAGACGAAACUCUAUCCGGUCCCGCGCAAGGAAGAGCACGUUCUUGCUGCACGCAUGCUGGUUAAGGAUCUGGAGUCAUCAACCAAGGCACUACAGUCCUCACUUGAAUGUUUUCGGGACAAAGCCAUCCAGCAGCUCACCAACCAGAUCUCGGCUUUGCAAUCUACAGUUGACUCUGACCUCAUGCCGCGUAUCCUAGAAAGCGGGGACCAAGCUGUGCGCAUCACGAGUGAGGUUUCUGGACAAGGCCCCCUGCAGGUCAAGCAGAUCACAGACGAGAUCGACCGCAUGAUUCGCACGCGCAAACGCAGGAUGCGCUGGAUCCGAGUUCUUGCCCCACAACAGACAUCCGGCAUGGAUCUUCAGACGGUGUUCGUCGCCAAAGACCAUGGCACCAGCCACGUCCAGUCGUCUAACGGCCCUUCUUCGUUUGCGUCACUCGCUGCAGCUUUUGUGCCCACGGCUGUGAUUGCGACUUUGUACAUGGUCGCGUUCGUCCUCAUCUGGCGCCGCUUCCCCAAGAUUUACUCACCACGCACGUUCAUCGGCACCGUACCAGAAAAGGAUCGCACGCCAUGUUCGAAAUCGCCAGGCUACUUCGAAUGGGUCCACACCAUGAGGACCGUUCCGGACAAGUUUAUGCUUUACCACCAGUCGCUUGAUUCGUAUUUGUUCCUGCGAUUUAUGAGGACUCUGAUAUUCAUCUGCGUAGGUGGUGCCGUCAUUACCUGGCCUAUCCUCCUGCCUGCCAAUUAUACCGGUGGCGGCAGAUCGAAGGAACUCAAUCGCGUUGGUAUCGGCAAUGUGAAGAACAAGGACCAUCUCUAUGCGCAUGCCAUUGUGGCAUGGAUAUUCUUCAGUUUCGUCAUGUUCACUGUUGCGCGGGAACGACUCUGGCUUAUCGGACUGCGUCAAGCAUGGAAUCUGUCAAAGCCAAACGCGAAAAGGCUGUCUUCACGUACUGUGCUCUACCUCUCGGCACCUACCGCGGCUCUCGACGAAGGCAACAUGCAGCGAUUCUUCGGCGAUGAUGCGGUCAGGAUCUGGCCAAUCACCAAAGGCGAGAAGCUUGUGUCACUCGUUUCGGAGAGGAACUCGAAAGUUGAGGAGCUAGAGGGUGCUGAGAUGUCUUUGAUCUUGAAUGUCAACAAGGAAGUUGGAAAGAGCCACAAUCGGAACAUCAAAUACGAGCAGCUACCCAAGCAAAUGAAGAAGUCCCUACGACCUACACACAAGUCCAAGACACCAGUCGUUGGCAAGGAAGUUGACAGCAUCAGCUAUUUCCGGGAUCAGAUUAGGGAGAAAGAGGAUGACAUCGAGAAGGCUCGCGAAUCAAACGAGACAGCUGAGAGUCUCGGUGGAGCGGCCGCGGUCUUUGUUGAGUUUCGCACUCAACCUGCGGCUCAGCGAGCCUACCAACAAAUCGCGUCGUCUGAUAUUCUGUCUCUCACUCCUCGCUUUGUCGGUACUACUCCAAACGAAAUUAUCUGGGCCAACCUGAAUCUGGCACCUGCACGUAGGAUAUCGCAGAGUGGAGUCGCAGUCACCCUCGUCAUCGCUACCAUCGCACUCUGGUCCAUCCCAGUUGGAAUAGUCGGUGCUUUGUCAAACGUUGAGUAUCUCGCUGAGAAUUUCAAAUGGCUCGCGUUCCUCAACAAGCUUCCAUCCGGGCUUAUGAGCCUACUUAGUGGUCUCUUACCUUCGCUGGCCCUGAGUGCCUUGGCUAGAUACGUGCCGAACAUCUUUAGAUACAUAUUUACAAAAUUCGGAGAGCCGACCAAGACUGUCAUCGAGCUGAAGGUGCUCAAGUGGUACUUCGUCUUUCAAGUGCUGCAGGUCUUUCUUGUCACGACACUCGCUUCAGGUGCUGCAGCGGUGGUAUCGCAAAUCGUCAAAGACCCAAGCGGAGUACCCCAGCAACUCGCGGAGCGUUUGCCAAGAGCAUCAAACACCUACCUCGCGUACUUCAUCGUCCAGGCUUUGACCAAUGCCCCGAGUAACAUACUGAACUACACGGACGUGCUAUCAUAUGCUUUCUUCGACAAGUUCUUCGACAAGACACCCCGUCAGAAGUACAACAGCUUCAUCACGAUGAGGGGCAUGGCUUGGGGCAAGCUGUUCCCGAAGUACGGCAACUUUGUCGUCAUUGCGAUCGUUUACUCUUGUAUCGCGCCUCUCGUUCUUGGCGUCGCUGCCAUCGGUCUUAUUAUCUUCUAUUGGUGCUACCAAUACCAGCUGUUGUAUACCGCGACGCCGAAAAUCGACACUAAAGGACACGCGUACACGCUUUCUCUGCAACACCUUCUCACUGGCAUCUACAUCGCUGAGAUCUGCCUUAUUGGCCUCUUCAGUCUCCGCGAAGCGACUGGUCCUCUAAUCAUGCUUGUCGUCUUACUUUUCGCCACCGCCAUCUUCAACUACAUCACGAACCGUUACUUUGCUCCGCUCGAACAGUACCUCCCCGCAGAUCUCGCGCUCGACUCUGAAGACGGUGAGCAGGCACCACUGCUCUCUUCAGCGGAGGAAGGCGAAUCUGAAGCUCUUGAGCACGCAGAGUCAAGGAUUGAUCGCGUGAGCGAACGAACGCGUGUGCCAUCCAAGUACGUUUCGCCUGUCGCUCGUUUCUUACAGCCACACGUCUUCGGCAGCUACACUGCCUUGAAGGCUUGGUUGCGCGACGGCGACUUUGACGAAGACGAUGAGCCACAAUACAGCGAAGAGGACCUGAAGAAAGCCUAUCUCAACCCUGCUUUCACAAGUAAGACGCCGGUUGUUUGGUUGGCAAAGGAUAGCAUUGGAGCGAGUAAGCAUGAGAUUAGCGAGAACGAGAAGACGGGACUGAAAGCUACUGAUCAAGGUGCGUGGAUCACGGGGGAUGGGAAGUUGAAGUGGAGUGUGGAUAAUUUCGAGGAGGUUCCUGUGUUCAAGAAGGCUAUCAAAUGGUGA